AUGUGUGUUGUCCACCCUGUUUUUACAGCAGUCAGAAAUGGCUUCAUUGCAGAAGAUGCACAAACCAUCGAGGACCAGAUACAGUUGCCUGUGCAGACUGCCUUACCGGACAAUUUUCAACCAGGAGCCGAUGAUGAAGCUGAUGUUGUGUUGGUAGCCCUGGAGGCCCAUGAGGAUCUUAGGUCUGGGGAGGACCUCCUGUCUGCUCCUGAGCCACAGCUAGAAUCUAUCAGCCCUUCAGAGCCAGUUCCAGAAACUGCUGCUCCAACUGAAGCCUACACUGAGCCUGCGGCUGCUGUAGAGGUGUUGGAGGCACUACCCCAUUUAGAGAAAGCCGUCCCUGUAGAAACUUUACUGUCUGAGGCCACUCCUGUGGUCGAAGCCCUGGUUGAGGAGGCAACUGCUGAUCUAGCUGUGCAGGCAGAGGCCCCUGCUGAUGUAGCUGUGCAGGCAGAGGACGCUGCUGAUGUAGCUGUGCAGGCAGAGGACCCUGCUGUUGUAGCUGUGCAGACAGAGGCCCCUGUUGUUGUAGAAGAGGCAGCAGCUCUAGCUGUUGAGGCCCCUGCUGUAGUGGCUGCUCAUGUAGAGGGAGAGGCUACAACUGACAAUUAUGCAUCUGCUGCUACCUCAACAGAAAAAUGUGUAUACCCAGAACCAUUUGAAUCUGCUGCCCCAGCACCAGCUGUAGCUGCAGCUGCAGUCCUAGCACCAGCCACAGCACCAAAUGCACCAACAACUGAAGACCCAGAACCAGCUGCAGGACCAUCUGAAGCCCCAGCACCAGCUGUAGCUACAGUCCCAGCACCAGCACCAACUGAAGCCCCAGAACCAGCUGCACCAACAACUAAAGCCCCAGAACCAGCUGCACCAACAACUGAAGCCCCAGCACCAGCUGUAGCUGCAGUCCCAGCACCAGCCCCAGCCCCAAAUGAAGCCCCAGAACCAGCUGCACCAACAACUGAAGUCCCAGAACCAGCUGCAGGACUAUCUGAAGACCCAGCACCAGCUGUAGCUGCAGUCCCAGCACCAGCCCCAACUGAAGCCCCAGAACCAGCUGUAGGACCAUCUGAAGCCCCAGCACCAGCUGUAGCGGCAGUCCCAGCACCAGCACCAACUGAAGCCACAGAACCAGCUGCACCAACACCUGAAGCCCCAGAACCAGCUGAAGCACCAUCUGAAGCCCCAGCACCAGCUGUAGCUGCAGUCCCAGCACCAGCCCCAGCACCAACUGAAGUCCCAGAAACAGCUGCACCAACAAAUGAAGCCCCAGAACCAGCUGCAGCACCAUCUGAAUCCCCAGCUCCAGCUGUAGCUGCAAUCCCAGCACCAGCCCCAGCAUACACUGAAGCCGCAGCACCUGAAGCAACAGCCGCAGCACCAACUGAAGCCGCAACACCAACCGAAGCAACAGCCACGGCAUCAACUGAAGUCGCAGCACCAACUGAAGCCACAGCACCAACUGAAGUCAGAGCCACAGCACCAACUGAAGUUGCAGCACCAACUGAAGUCGCAGCACCAACUGAAGUCGCAGCACCAACUGAAGCAACAGCCACAGCCCCAACUGAAGCAACAGCCACAGCACCAACUGAAGCUAAAGCCCCAUCACCAGCAGUAGUAACAGACAAGGCUUCAGAACCAAGUGAAGUAUCAGCAUCGGACGAGGCAGUACACACUCUUAUAGAUAUAAAGAUUGCUGCAGCAACUAUUCCACUGUUGCCUCCAUUAUCACCAUUCACUGCAGCUGCUCAAACAAAGGCAGAUCCCUCACCUAAAGGUAUGAAACUCUAA